CAUGUUUAAUGAGAAAACUUCCUUUAUUUACAAGGAAUCAUUUAGUCUUUUCUGACUAAAAGAGACAAAGAUUAUGAGGAUAUUUUUUCGACAAAUCCAUCAACUUUUCAAUGUGAUGCCUCACUUUUACGCAACAGGUUCUAAAAGAUAAAUGUGACUGUGUCAACUCCGAUCAAUGUAGGAAAAAGAUGCAAUGCUGUCCCCGUUUUGGACCUUUGGCACCGAGCAGGAGAUCAACUCAUGGGAUGUAGUGGAUGCAGAGUCAGGUUCAACUUUGGCAAGGUGCUCUCCAAAGUCUCGGUGUUUUUUACCAUGGUCCUGAUCUUCACCUACUUCUUCUACUGCCUCACCGGAUUCUGUGAUUCGGCUCCGAGGACUUUAUACCGCCAACAAGUAUCAGACUAUGACGCUCUGGACGAUCAUCGCCGCGUUUUGGACGAGCUGCGACCAUCUCCCCGUCUCCUCCCGGACGCGGAGUCUCAGCGGAACCGCUCAGGCUCCGCGGACGCAGAGCAGGUGGACACACCCGGACAGUUUCCGCAACACAUGUUGGAGAGUGCAAACGAGGAGAGCGCACAGAGCAACGGCAUCCCCGUGUCCAACACUUUCGGCACCAAAAGGUUUCCGCAGGCGAUUAUAAUCGGCGUGAAGAAAGGAGGAACCCGCGCCCUGCUGGAGUUUCUCCGCAUCCACCCGGACGUGAGAGCGGUCGGUGCGGAGCCUCACUUCUUCGACAGGUUUUAUGAUAAAGGACUGGAGUGGUACAG